ACGUCACUCCUCAUCUCAGGCAUGUCCACUUCCUACACGGGUUCAGAGCUGCCAACAGGACGUGCUGCCAACAGGACGUGCUCGGCUUAGUCAGGUUCAUCGUUCUAACAUCCAAUGGCAGCACAACCUUUGAGAGAGUGGAAAACCGGUCUCUUUGACUGCUUCGAGGACGCGAGUACUUGUUGCUAUGGCUUCUGGUGCUGCCCUUGCCUCGCCUGCACGGUUUCAGGAAGAUUCGGAGAGAACAGUUGCCUCCCCUUAUGCGACUUGUUCAGCCCGGCUGUGUUUGGCCUCUGUGGGAUCCCUCUAUUUGUUCCCCCCGCAUCCGCGAGUCUCCGGUCCUCCAUUCGGAGCAGACACGGCAUCAAGGGAUCUAUCUGUAAAGACAUCGCCAUUUCCUGUUUCUGUUUGACCUGCUCCUGGUGUCAGAUGUAUCGUGAGAUAAAAGACAACAACAAGGACCAAGUGGUCAUCAUCAACAAUCAGCCAGCGCCAGUGAUGAUGAUGGCGCAACCCCCUAUGGCUGUGAACCAACAUGGGGUCACCGUGACGUCAUACUGAGAUUUGCAGCUUCUCCAUAAAAAGUUCUGUCUUGAGGGAUUCUUAAUUCAGAUCAGAUCCUGAUGCUGAUUGACUUGAGGGUGAAAGAAUAAUCACAGGUAUAGAUUUAUAACAUAAUAAUAGAUUUGGGCCUCUGUUAAAGCACUUGAUUUCAUUUUGUUUUAUUGUAUCAAAUACAAAUUGAAGAAAUUUGGCAUUCAAAGCCAAAAGGUGCAGUUCAAUCUGAAAUGUCGAGGUUAAUCAACCCGAUCUGAUCAAUAAGACGUAAUUUCACAUUUAAAAUAAAAAUAAUGUAAAUUAUUUUGUAUUUUAAUCAUUCUUAAUAAAUGAUUUAUUAGUUGUUUCUGAUUAAUGUUUAUGUAAAGCUCUUUGUAGCAGCUGUUUUUAAAAUGUGUUCUAUUUUCGAGUUAUGAGUCUAUCGAAAGUAUUAUAAACUUUAACUAAACUUCA